UAGGCAUUGCCGCGUCGUUUCUGAAUCACGUGAAUUUUCGCCCAACUUGUCACCGCGAAGGCGUUUAAAAGCCGUCAGUCUUGCUUCAAAUUCUGGACACGGCGUGGGGGUAGACAGUUCUUCCGGCUUCCGUUAAGUUUGCGAGGUCAGAGAAGGCUGACUGUUCCGUGGUGCCGUUGAAAAACACAAUGAAAAUGGCGUGGCAACCGCAGGAGGAGGGACUUAGGCAAAUUUUGACACUGUUGAAGGAGUCUCAGAGCCCAGACACAGCGACCCAACGUGCCGUGCAACAAAAAUUGGAAGAACUCAACAAAUUUCCAGAUUUCAACAACUACCUGAUAUUUGUCUUGACGAAAUUGACGUCCGAAGAUGAACCAACAAGGUCUUUGAGCGGACUAAUAUUGAAGAACAACGUAAAAGCGCACUUCAACAUAUUUGUACCUGAAGUGACAAAUUUCAUAAAACAAGAAUGUCUUUCUGCAAUUGGAGAUCCUUCCCCACUGAUUCGUGCUACAGUUGGCAUUCUGAUAACAACAGUCGCGUCAAAAGGUGAGCUCACAUCUUGGCCGGAACUUCUACCGGCACUUUGUCAGAUGCUGGAUUCUCAAGACUACAAUGUAUGCGAGGGGGCCUUCGGCGCUCUAUUGAAGAUCUGUGAAGACUCGGCAGAAUUAUUAGACUCGGAUGCGCUGAAUCGUCCAUUGAAUGUUCUCAUUCCCAAGUUUCUCCAAUUCUUCAGACACACCAGCCCAAAAAUUAGAUCUCAUGCUAUUGCUUGUGUCAAUCACUUCAUAAUCAACAGAACCCAAGCUCUGAUGAUUCACAUCGAUAGCUUUCUAGAAAAUUUGUUUUAUUUAGCGACGGACGACGAUCCAGAAGUUCGAAAAAAUGUCUGCAGGGCGCUGGUCAUGCUUCUAGAAGUCCGAAUGGAUAGACUUAUACCUCAUAUGCACAAUAUCAUUGAGUACAUGCUCAUGAGAACCCAAGAUCCCGACGAAGGUGUUGCUCUUGAAGCUUGUGAGUUUUGGCUGUCGUUAGCAGAGCAGCAAAUAUGUAAAGAGGCACUUGCUCCACAUUUAACGAGGCUAGUUCCUGUUUUGGUCAGAGGUAUGAAGUACUCUGAGAUCGACAUCAUUUUAUUGAAAGGUGAUGUCGAGGAGGAUGAGAUGAUCCCAGACAGGGAGGAGGACAUAAGGCCUAGGUUUCACAAGUCUAGAACACAUAAUACACACCACACUUCAAUUAACAAACACUCAGAUGACAAUGGAGUAGGUGACGAUGACGAUUCCGAUCCUGAAGACGGUGGAGACGAUGAUUCGACACUCAGCGAUUGGAAUCUACGAAAAUGUUCAGCAGCUGCUCUGGACAUGCUCGCCAACGUAUUUGGAGAAGAAUUGCUUCCAGUUUUGGUACCAAUAUUAAAAGAGACUCUUUUCCAUCAAGACUGGGAAAUCAAAGAGUCAGGAAUACUCGCCCUUGGAGCAAUUGCCGAAGGUUGCAUGACUGGGAUGAUACCACAUUUGUCUGAACUGAUACCCUACUUGAUUGGCUGUCUUGGUGAUAAAAAGGCGCUUGUACGUUCCAUUACCUGCUGGACUUUGAGCAGGUAUGCACAUUGGGUUUGCUCGCAACCCCACGACACACAUCUUAAACCUUUGAUGACCGAGUUGCUCAAAAGAGUUCUUGACGGAAAUAAACGAGUCCAAGAAGCGGCAUGUUCUGCAUUUGCGACCCUCGAAGAGGAAGCAUCAACGGAGUUGGUUCCUUACCUAGGAUUUAUUUUGGAAACACUAGUCUUUGCUUUCGGAAAGUACCAACACAAAAACUUACUGAUACUUUACGAUGCGAUUGGGACACUGGCAGAUUCAGUUGGUCGGCAUUUGAAUAAGCCUGAAUAUAUCAACUUGCUCAUGCCACCAUUAAUUAAUAAGUGGAAUGUAUUGAAGGAUGAAGACAAAGACCUCUUUCCAUUGUUGGAGUGUCUGUCGUCUGUUGCCACUGCACUACAAUCAGGGUUUCUUCCUUACUGUAAACCAGUCUACAGGCGAUGCAUCUCGUUAGUCGAGCAGACACUGAACCAACAUAUUGCAAACACGCAGAGUCCUGAACAGUUCGAUGCACCUGAUAAAGACUUUAUGAUCGUUGCAUUGGAUCUGUUAAGUGGUUUGGCAGAAGGUUUGGAUGGAGAAAUAGAGAAUUUGGUGCUCGAUAGCAACGUGAUGCAGUUGCUGUAUCAGUGCAUGCAGGAUCCAAUGUCUGAAGUUAGGCAGAGCAGCUUUGCCCUACUUGGAGACCUCACAAAAGCGUGUUUCCAACAUGUAUUACCCUGCAUACCGGACUUUAUGCCUAUCCUUGGUCAGAACUUGAACCCUGAAUUCAUAUCAGUGUGUAACAACGCAACUUGGGCUAUUGGAGAAAUAUCUAUAAAACUUGGCGGUGACACAAGUCCGUACGUUCCUUUGAUCCUGUCACAGCUAAUUGACAUAAUCAACCGACCUAAUGCGCCUAAGACACUCCUGGAAAAUACCGCCAUAACGAUCGGUCGCCUAGGUUAUGUGUGUCCCCACGACGUCGCCCCCAUGUUACAGCAGUUUGUCCGACAGUGGUGCACAUCGCUAAGGAAUAUACGAGAUAACGAGGAGAAGGAUUCAGCAUUUAGAGGCAUGUGCCAAAUGAUUACUGUUAAUCCUGCCGGUGUUGUACCAGACUUUAUCUUCUUCUGUGAUGCUGUCGCUUCCUGGGUUACACCUAGAGACGAUCUUAAGGACAUGUUCCACAAAAUUUUGCAUGGGUUCAAAAAUCAAGUUGGUGCAGAAAACUGGAAACGAUUUUCCGACCAAUUUCCGCCACAGCUUAGUGAGCGGCUUCAUGGCAUGUAUGGCGUCUGAGCAGCCCCGCCUACUUAUUGUACUCUUAGUUUGGCUCUCGCUCUGCGGUAACCCGAGGAACGUAAUUGAUUGUUCUUCCUAGCAAGGCCCGAUGGUCGUUUGGUUUUGGGUUUUCAUUCGCGAGCAAGGAUAUUAUAUCGCAGUUAACACCGCCAUUCAGCGUCCGCCCUGCUCCCUGACUAAGCGAAGUAACUUGGAGCCUAGAGUGCAAGGGAGGGCGACAGGGGGACAGACAAAUGAUGGCCAAUUUAGGCGCGCGGGAGAAAAACUUCUUGAAACUCGGAUUAAAACAAGCGACGAGACUCUCCGCGAAAUUAUCUUGGCCCUGCGAAGAUUUCUUUUUAUUUCAUUUUAUACUCCGCUUUAUUUCACCCGGGGGAAUUGGGAUACACUGCACACUAAGCAGGUAGAGGU